GGGUACAUUUCGUAACCCAUCGCUGUGUAACCCUUUCCGGAGCAAAAUGGAGCAAUACCUGCUGCAGCUCCCGAAGCGCCUGGCGCAGGAGGUACGGGAAGGUAUCGCGAAUGGCGACUCAGCGAACGUGGACAUGGUGGCAGGAGGUGCGUGUGUGACGUUAUUUGCCGUCCUUACACCCGCUAGAGGGAUGAAAUAAGCGAAAAAAGAAAAGUUGGAAAAUACAUACGUUGACGCAUUUUGCGGUGCUGUUUGAUGCCUUUUCCAGCGGAUAACAAACACUUUACACUGCAUGUGAACGGCAAGAAGUAUCCUGCAAAGAUUGGUGCGUUGUUAGUGGUCAAAAGGUGACGUUAGCUGCACGUGUUGACGUUGACGGGCUUGCAGCACAGCUGCCGACCAUUUUGGAGACGCACAAGACCUACGACGACAACUUCUUCUACAAGAGCGGUGAAAUCGGACAGAUCUUCGUGGUGACGGACAAAGAAGAAGAGAAAAAGUUACUAGAGAUGCAGGACGAAGUGCCAAACGGGAUAACUCCUCCAAACACCAACGUCAUCAAGCGUAAAUACGAGAAAACCAAGAAGACCACGCCGUUCCCAAAACCUGAUGUCGCUCGAGUGGAAGAAGAUCUAGUGAAAAUCAUUGCUGGUGGUGUUAUUGAAGACGUUCAUGAGGAGCUGGUAGAUUUCUACGAUUGGAUGGCGGACGACGAGCAUCCGGGUGGUAUCACUGUGAUGGACGAGAUGGAGCUCAUUCGUGAACACCCCGAGUACUUGACUUUAUCAGAGGAGCCAUCUACGAAGAAGCAGAAACUACUGCCACCGAGUGCUGGAAGUAGUACAGUGCCAGGUACUGCCAACGCGUCGAAUAUGAAUACUCCCCUUGCGACGGAUGCAGGCUCCGAGGCUGAGUCUCAGACAGACGGACGGGCAUCGGUCCAGCGCUCGCCUGCGUUCGCACCGACACCAAGCCCCAGAUUAUCUCCUAUGCAGUUGAACUCACAAACUAGCCGAGACAACGACGAAGACAAGGAAGUGGACAUGCUGGAGGACGACAUCCUCGACGGAAUGGACACAAAACCGGCGUCGCCGCCUCGCCAGAAGGCUUACUUGACUGACCCGGAAUACCUUAAAUUGCUGCCCAUUCGCGAUCGCUUACAAAAGUCGGUGCGUGAUGCUGAUCGCGAUAUCAGCGAACUCAGCGCCAAGGUCGAUGCCAACUCCAACAUUAUCGUCAAGAAUCGGUUCAAACAAAUGCUCGAGACUGCGCGCCAGCAGCGUACCGAGAUCGCAGCGGAGCUUGACAAGGUCAAGGCAGAGAUUGCGGAUUUCGAGUCGAGCUGAGCGCCUCCAUUUAUCUAGUCAAAAUCUUCGCCAUCGGUCUUGAUAAAAACCCUCACGGCAACAAACGGGCACAAGACACAAGACCGACUUUAGACGUUCGAGAUCAGAUCGGUUAAUUAGCUUUUUAUUGUUUUGUUGGGGUAUGAUGUGAUUUUGUAUGCUUUGUUCACGGCUGCUGCUUCAGUUCUUCACCGUCCUGUUCUUUCGUUCGCUUCUUCUCGUGCAAUCCCCAAUCUCGCACGUUCUCACUGGACAAGAGGGGUACGAGAC